UUAUUGAUUCAAAAAUUGGAAAAACAAUAUCUCCUUCGAAUACUUCAUCUUCAAUAUCUAUCACCACCUCCAAUCCUCAGCCUACAUCUAACUUUCCACCUAAAAUCUCUAGUAGAAUUA